GCAAGUUUCAGACGACACAAUCUGCUUCGACACUCCGCAGGGCGCAGGCUCCGCUAUCGCCUCAGGUGACAAGGUAUUCGUUAGUAACAGGAUUAGCAGUUGUUUGUGCAAAUCAGAGACUUGUCUUCAUCACUCUUCCGGUGUCAUCGACGGGCCACUGUCUUCCACUGUUGUUACUCUGGAGCGACUCAGCUCAACACAACACCUACGCGCCAUUCCGUCCCUUUUGCCCUCCUCUCAUCAUCUCUGCGGAUUCCCGAUUUCUACAUAAGUGACUGCAUGGUUGCCCCACAUUUGUAGAGGGUUUUGUUUGAGAUCUCUCAUGGUAUCUGUUAUUUCUCUAACUAGGGAUUUGUGUGGUAGCUUUUUGUUUUCUAACUAGGGAUUUCUGUGCCAUUUAUGUAUACUUCCCCUAAUGUUACUGAAUCAGUGCUCUUAGGGUUUUAUAUUCACUGUAACUGACUUCCAAAUCUAUGAACUGUCAUAGUAUCUAUUUUGUUGUUGGUAACUAGGGUUUUGUUUGAGAUCUCUCAUGGUUUAGAACAGUGGCCAUGAAAAAGAAAGGAAAAUCAACCCAGAAAGGAGACAAGCAUGAGUCUUCAAUCACAGAUCUUCCGAGCCCUAUAAUUGUUGAUAUUCUACUAAAGCUCCCUAUAAAGGGUAUUCUAGUUUGCAAGUCGGUCUGCAAAACUUGGUUCAGUAUAGUUUCUGACCAUCAAUUCGCCAAGCAGCAGUUUGCACAGGCAGAGCCCUGUGCUCUUCUUCGGACCUUGGAUUCAACACAUGUUCCAGACUCAAGAAUGCUUUACUUGGUUGAGCCUAAAGACUGCCAUAAUUUCGAUCUUGGAUACUGCAUAUGUGACGACGAGGCCGAUUUCAGAUGCGACCGUCAUAUGAAGCUUGACAACAAAUUGAAGAUCCCAUUGCGCAAUGCCGAAAUGGUGCUCAGUAGUGAAGGGGGUGAUGCACAAAUGGGUUGCCUCCCUAAUGGCCCAAAUUUCAAAAUUGUGAAUUCUUGCCAUGGUAUGCUCUUUUUGUCUGAACCGGUGUCUAAUGAACCUGUGGCUGUGUGUAAUCCAGUCACGGGUGAGUAUAUAAGCCUUCCUAUGACUAAAAGGGCUGAGGAGAAAACCCAAUAUUUUGUUGAGUGUGGGUUUGGCUUUAGUCCUCAGACUGAUCAAUACAAGGUGGUUAGAAUGUUUGAACGGUGGAUUGGUGAUCCGGUUAUGGGUAUGGCAUAUUUGAACACUGCUUCGGGGCCGAUAAAUUAUAGUAAAGGGAUUGAGAUAUACACUCUCGGCACUGCAGGAUCAUGGAAAAGCAUUGGGGAUGCUCCCUUUUUAUAUUCUAGCCUAGCAUUUUCCACUUAUCUGGAGGGAUGUAUCCAUUGGAUGAUCAGUCUUGAAUUUAGUUCUACUGAUUAUAUUUUUUCUUUUGCCAAAUCUAGUUCUACUGAUUAUACUGAUUAUAUAGUUUCUUUUAACUUGGAGAAUGAGCAGUUGCAAUUGUUUCCAUCGCCUCCUCAUGAAUAUGAUAAUUCUAAUGACGAUGAUGACGUCGGCAUGGUUGGAUUGAGUACGAAGCAUAAUGUGUCCAUGGGAGUUUUGGAAGACUGUCUGUGCAUAUGUGAUGCAAAUUAUGAUCCCAUUUACAUAUGGGUCAUGAAGGAAUAUGGUGUUCGGGAAUCUUGGACAACGUUGUUCUCUAUUGAUAAUCAACUUGAUCAGGGGUGGCCUUACGGUUUAUAUCAGCCAAUAAAUUACCUGAAAAAUGGGGCAGUAUUGAUGUUUCAUUAUCUUAAAUGUGCUGUGGUUUGUUAUGAUCCCGAAAGACCAACAUUAAAAUAUCUUAAGAUUCAUGGUGCUGAAUCAAAUUUUGAAAUAAUUGUUUAUGUUCCCAGUCUCAUUUCACUUAAGGACGCCAUCAUUGGAGAUAAUGCUGUCGUGCUGAACAUCAGUUCAAGGUGUGCGGGAAUCAAAGUGCAGGGAGAGACUAAAGCGCUUUCAUUGGCGGAACUUAGGGAAAUGGAACUUGAUGCAAAUUGAUGGUCUUCUGAUAACGAAUGGAAGAAGCAUGAAUGGCAUUUGUUGGAGAGUUGUGGAGUUGAAGCAUACGUUUCCUUCAACCUCCUAAAGUUUGAAUAUUUUGCUAGUUUUGGGUACCUAUUUUGUAAUUGUGGGAAGUCUAUUAAGUCGUUGACUGAGUAGGCGAAAACAAUAUCACUUUUUACUGAGAAGCUCUCAUAAAUAAUGUUUCUAUCUUCUUUUUUAUGAUUA